AUGAGAGCAGACAGUAGACCAAUUAGGAAAUCUUUCAGGUUUCUUAAUUUUUGGGUGAAGCAUGAAUCUUUUCUAGAUGUAGUCAAAGAAAAUUGGGUGGAAUCUUAUGGCUCAGACCCCUUCUUUAACUUUCAUAAUAAGUUAAAAAAGGUGGGAAGAGCUCUCUCUAAGUGGAGUAGGGACACUUAUGGUGAUAUCUUCAAGCAAAUUGCAACUCUGGAGGAAGUGGUGCAGGUGCAUGAGCAGGAAUUUGAACAGAAUCCUAUAGGGCUUAACAGGGAAAGACUACAAAGGGUGCAAGCUGAUCUGAUCAGGUUUUAUGCUAUUGAAGAAAAAUUUUGGAGACAAAAAGCAGGGAUGCAGUGGUUUCAGGAUGGAGAUAGAAACACAAAAUUCUUUCAUGCUCAUGUCUAUGGAAAGAAAAGAAAGCUGCAAUUACAGAGAAUUCAAGAUCAUACAGGUACAUGGCUGGACACUGAAGAGGAGAUUGCGCAGGAAGCGAUCAGAUUUUUCUCGGACCAAUUCAAAGAGGAAAAUAUCCCUACAGAUUUCUCUAUGCUUGAUAAGAUUCCUAAAAUGGUUAUAGAAGAACAAAAUCAACAGCUCUAUGAAAUGCCAGAUGAAGCAGAGGUGAAAAUAGCAGUUUUUGGUUUAAAUGGAGACAAUGCAGGGGGUCCUGAUGGUUUCACAGGAAGAUGUUUCCAAGCUUGUUGGGAAAUUAUUGCAAAUGACUUGGUGAACAUGGUGAGAUCUUUCUUCUGUGGGCAUGAACUCCCAAGGAUAUCAUGGUUAUUUCUAACUAAAGUCCUGAGGAGAAUGGGGUUUGGUGAAUUUACUAUUGAUCUGGUGUUUAGAGUUAUCUCAAAUAAUUGGUAUUCCAUUCUGAUUAAUGGGCAACCCUAUGGUUUUUUCAAAUCAUCUAGAGGAGUAAAGCAAGGAGAUCCACUGUCCCCUGCUUUAUUCAUUUUGGCUGCAGAAUAUGAUACUAUCAUUUUCACCUCUGCUAAUGAACAGUCUGUGAGAUUAGUGAUGAAGACUUUGAGUAAUUAUGAGAAGGUGAGUGGUCAGAAGAUCAACAAACAGAAAAGUGUUGUUUAUAUGCAUCAUUUGACAUCUCAUAACAUUAAGGAGUUGGUAUUUUCUGUCACUCAGAUUCCUGAAAAGGAUUUUCCAUUCACAUAUUUGGGUGUACCAAUUUACUAUGGGAGAAGAAUGAACAUUCACUACAAUGAGAUAAUAGAAAAGAUUCAGAAUAGACUGAGCUCAUGGAUUGGUAAGCUGUUAUCUAUUGGAGGAAGGACAACACUGAUUAAACAUGUUUUACAGAGCAUGCCUAUACACCUAUUAUCCGCUUGUGACCCUUCUAGUGGUAUACUUGCUCAGAUUCAUAGAUUGUUUGCUAAGUUCUUUUGGAGCAACUCUGUGGGAAACUCAAGUAAGCACUGGGCAACUUGGACAACCUUGUGUCAUCCACAAGAAGAAGGUGGCAUGGGGUUCAGAAGCCUACAAGAUAUAUCUAAAGCCCUCUUUACUAAACUGUGGUGGAACAUGAGAACCAAACAAUCCUUAUGGAGAACUUUCAUGAGUAAUAAGUACUUAAAGAAGUUUCAUGCUGUGAUAGCCCCUAGCAGAUCAGGUACUUAUGUGUGGAAGAAGAUGAUUAAACACCGAGAUGAGAUGGAACAUGAGAUAUGGUGGAAGCUUCAACAAGAUUUUGAGUGUGAUCCCACAAUCAUCCUUGUAAAAGAAACUGCAGAAGUGGGGCAAUGGGAUGAACAGUUGCUAAGAAGAAUCCUUCCUGAGGAUAUAGCAGACCAUAUUGUGCAGCACAUUAAUCCACCAAAUGAAAAUGGCCAAGCAGAUAAGGCUUUCUGGAAGUUAGAUUCGAGGGGGAAAUUCACAGUUGGGUUUGCAUUUCAAUUGCUCAAACAAAGAAAAGACCCCAGUAAUUUGUAUAAGCAGAUGUGGAUUAAAGGACUACCAAUAAAGAUAUCUUUUUUUAUUUGGAGAUUUUGGAAGUUCAAGCUACCACUAGAUGAUAAGUUGAAGAAAUGGGGACACCAAUUCCCUUCCAGAUGCUAUUGUUGUCAACAUCCAGAAGUGGAAGAUACCUCCCAUGUCUUUUUACACUCACCAACAGCUCAAGCCAUCUGGAAGUAUUUUUGUGGACCAGUGGAAAUAAAUAUUGAGAAUUUGCAAAUUACCCAAAUAAUUAACAGAUGGUGGGAUAUGCCUAGUAGACUACCUGUCAAAUGCAUCAACCAAGCUGUGAGAAUGAAAAAUUUUAGAUAUGCACCAUAUAAUUGGAGUGUGAUUGUUGAGUCAUUACAGAGAUAUUCUCCAAAGGUAAGAGUAACACGAGUAACUUGGAGAACUCCAGAUAUUGGAUGGAUAAAAGUCAGUACUGAUGGAGCCUCAAGAGGAAACCCGGGUAGGAGUUCAUGGGCCUUUUGUGUAAGGGAUGAAAGGGGAGAUGUGAUACAAGCACAUGCCAGAGAAAUAGAGGAUCUUCAAAGCACCAACACCGAGGCAGAGGCCCUGGCCAUUUUACAGGCUCUCAGGUAUCUAAAAGACAAUCAGUGGGAUCAAAUAAUGAUAGAGACAGAUUCACUUUUGCUGAAGAACAUUAUUCAAAGGACAUGGGAAAUUCCUUUGCAAAUCAUUACUAUGAGAAGACAGAACAAUGGAGAUUACAAAACAAGCAAGAAUCAAAUGCAGAGAUACAGAGAAGGUAAAUAUAGCAAAGAAAGAGGAAGGGACAUACCAGAUCGAAUAGGAGAAAGGCAACAACAAGCUCAGUGUUCAUACAGCAAUCUCAGCAUCACAAACGAGCUGGAAUCGAAACAACAACUUCAGGAGCUGUGGUGCAGAUGA